UCAAGUCCACACGAGCCGCAGCCUCACGCCCCACGCCGCCUUCGCUAGCGGACGAGCCCGCCCUCCCCAAACUGCCCCUCGCACCGUCGCCUCCAAAACCACCUCCGCCUUCCUCCUCACUCAGGCCCCUCCGCUCAGCCCCGCACCGCGCCGAUGGCCGAUUCGCCGAACCCUAGCUCCGGGGACCUCCCCUCGCCCGCCGGGAGCUCGCCCGACAAGCCGUACCCCGCGGAUCGACGCGUCGCGGCGCUCGCCGGCGCGGGCGCGAGGUACAAGGCCAUGUCCCCCGCGCGGCUGCCGAUCUCGCGCGAGCCCUGCCUCACCAUCCCCGCCGGCUUCAGCCCCUCCGCCCUCCUCGACUCCCCCGUGCUCCUCACCAACUUCAAGGUUGAACCUUCACCAACAACUGGUAGUCUGAGCAUGGCUGCAAUUAUGCACAAGAGUGCUCAUCCAGACAUACUGCCUUCGCCACGGGAUAAGUCUAUUCGAGCCCAUGAAGAUGGGGGUUCUAGGGAUUUUGAAUUCAAGCCUCAUCUGAAUUCGUCUUCUCAAUCAGUGGCUCCUGCUAUGAGUGAUCUAAAAAAACACGAGCAUUCUAUGCAAAAUCAGAGUAUGAAUCCCAGCUCAUCAUCUAGCAAUAUGGUGAAUGAAAACAGACCUCCCUGUUCACGCGAGUCAAGUCUUACAGUGAAUGUAAGUGCUCCGAACCAACCUGUUGGAAUGGUUGGUUUGACUGACAGCAUGCCUGCUGAAGUUGGUACUUCUGAGCCGCAGCAGAUGAAUAGUUCUGACAAUGCCAUGCAAGAGCCGCAGUCUGAAAAUGUUGCUGACAAGUCAGCAGAUGAUGGCUACAACUGGCGCAAAUAUGGGCAGAAGCAUGUCAAGGGAAGUGAAAACCCUAGAAGUUAUUACAAGUGCACACAUCCUAAUUGUGAAGUAAAAAAGCUAUUGGAGCGUGCGGUUGAUGGUCUGAUCACGGAAGUUGUCUAUAAGGGGCGCCAUAAUCAUCCUAAGCCCCAGCCUAAUAGGAGGUUAGCUGGUGGUGCAGUUCCUUCGAACCAGGGUGAAGAACGAUAUGAUGGUGCGGCAGCUGCUGAUGAUAAAUCUUCCAAUGCUCUUAGCAACCUUGCUAAUGCGGUAAAUUCGCCUGGCAUGGUUGAGCCUGUUCCAGUUUCAGUUAGUGAUGAUGACAUAGAUGCUGGAGGUGGAAGAUCCUACCCUGGGGAUGAUGGUACUGAGGAGGAGGAUUUAGAGUCAAAACGCAGGAAAAUGGAGUCUGCUGGUAUUGAUGCUGCUCUGAUGGGUAAACCUAACCGUGAGCCCCGUGUUGUCGUUCAAACUGUAAGUGAGGUUGACAUCUUGGAUGAUGGGUAUCGUUGGCGGAAAUAUGGACAGAAAGUUGUCAAAGGAAACCCCAAUCCACGGAGUUACUACAAAUGCACAAGCACAGGAUGCCCUGUGAGGAAGCAUGUUGAGAGAGCAUCGCAUGAUCCUAAAUCAGUGAUAACAACGUAUGAAGGAAAACAUAACCAUGAAGUCCCUGCUGCGAGGAAUGCAACCCAUGAGAUGUCCGCGCCUCCCAUGAAGAAUGUCGUGCAUCAGAUUAACAGCAAUAUGCCCAGCAGCAUUGGCGGCAUGAUGCGAGCAUGCGAAGUCAGGAACUUCAGCAACCAAUAUUCUCAAGCCGCUGAAACCGACAAUGUCAGUCUUGACCUUGGUGUUGGGAUCAGCCCGAACCACAGCGACGCCACAAACCAAAUGCAGUCUACAGGUCCUGAUCAGAUGCAGUAUCAAAUGCAACCGAUGGCUUCGAUGUAUAGCAACAUGAGACAUCCAUCAAUGGCAAUGCCAACGGUACAAGGGAACUCUGCUGGCCGCAUGUAUGGUUCCAGAGAAGAUAAAGGUAGCGAAGGGUUUACUUUCAGAGCCACACCGAUGGACCAUUCAGCUAACCUAUGCUAUAGCGGUGCUGGGAACUUGGUCAUGGGUCCAUGAGUGGAAUGAUGAGAGUGUCUGCAAAUGCUUAUAGCUCCAUGAAUCAUAUAUUACAAACAAUGCUUUUGUAACGACAAUCUCUUCAGCAAGAUUCUUAAUUGUGUAUCGGUUACAAGUCAGUUCCAGCCGGAGGCAAGUAAGCUAUAAGCUAUACCUGGGGGACUGCAGCAAAUGCGCAUGUGUCUUUUUAAGUGCGGAAAAGGCCCCUGCUGUAUGUAGCGCUGCAGCCCUACAUUCGUUGUACAGCGAACCUAAUAUGAUUAGUUAAUUAGAUUAUGAGAAUUUGGUUUUGUGAACUGUCUUAUCUUCUGUACUGGAAUAUUGACAGAAAUAUAGAUCCAUCGUAAUUUUCUUUUACCGUUAA